GGCAUUGAACCUUACGGGCUGUUCAUGGUACCGACGAACUCAAUCAUCCUGCGGGAAAUGGGCCCCAACUAGCGAUCACUGCAAUACGGUUUGCAUCGAUGUACAUUACUGGCAGUAUAGAUCCAUCAUGCCUUGCGGGCAAAGACGCAGCAGUUAUAUUAAAGUGCACAGUGUGAAAGCCAAUCUUACGGUGGGUUAUAACUUGAUUGUUAUACCAAAGGAACAAAGGUUUACUGCACGGGUAGGAGACAUUGUGGGCUUCUACAGAAAUUUGUCAGGAGCUGUGCUGCGACGAAUUACCGCUGAGCAAGAUGAAAGUGUUUAUUUUAUUCCAGCGCGGAAUAUGUCUAAUGUUUCCAUACAUCUUUCAGGAGCCCAGCCUAUGAAGCUAUCUUUUGAUAUAAAAUUGCACGGCUCACUUGGCGUGGCAGUUUCGAUCGUUUUUUCAUGUUUAGAAAAGGCUGGACUCUAUCCUCUAAUAAUGACUUUUACCAUCGCUAUCAGCUCCCAUAGAGUGAUAACGUUCCGAUCUUCAAUUAUGGUUCAAAACCCAGUGGCACCUUUGCGCCUGUUAUAUGAACAGUUCAUUGAAGUAAAUACCACAAAAAACAUUACCGCGACGGUGGAAGAAGGCACUAAUGUAACGUGUGAAUGGUACAUUCCUAACUCAAGUUUGACGGUACAUCAGUCUCCUCAUCUUAAAAACAACAAAACCACCGAGGGAGGAGUUUUCCAGUAUAUUGCUUUGUACGGCUAUCUUGGAUAUGUUUACGUAAAAGUGACUGCAUCUAAUCUGGUCUCUCAAAAGAGUGAAGAUAUCAUUCUUUCUGUGCGUCAGCCGAUAAAAGGUUUGAGAGCGAGCUUGUGUCAUGCUGCGUUUGCGUUUGAAAAAGCGGAAACGUGUUUUGUUUCCGACGCGACGCAAGGCACUGAAGUCGGAUGCACGUGGGAAUUUGGGCCAGAUGAUUACACCGCGAGGGAGAUGGGUAAAACUGUCAGUCGUGUAUUCACGUCAGAAAGCCAAACGAAUUUUACUCUGCACUGCUAUAAUAAGAUCUCACAGUCGUCUGUCCCUCACUCUAUUCAAGUUAUUCCAAAUCCAUUGUCCAUUAACGCCCCUCUGAACGUCCAAGCUGAUGUUCCCGUGAAAAUAACUUGUCGAGUGAAUUGGCCCGGGGGGAUACCAGCCUUAUUUUUUGAGCAACAGGGGGUGAAGGGGAUGAGGGGAAGUGACAUUGUGGCAGAUCCUCUGUUAACACUGAGGGCGUCUGGGUACAGCAACAGCAGCAAAGGCAAUGUGACAAUGUUUCAAAGUUUUAGCAGAGCUCCAUACAGACGACACAAAAUAACGUGCAAAUCUGUUGGUUAUCCUGACUUGAACAUUGAUCACGAAUUGAAGGCAAUUUACAGUGUAAAAGGAAUAAACAUCUCUUCGGACUGUGCUUUACAAGCCGAGAUCAGAACGAAAUGCGUAUUUUACGUUCAACUCUUUCGCGGUGAUUUUCCGGUAUUUACUUGGAAAAUCCGAGAAUCUGACAAUUAUUCAACUGUCUCUGUCUAUAAAGGAAAGAAAAUCACCCAUCGCUUUGUCAACACAGGAAUCGCAAACAUUACCGUUAACGCGAGUAAUGAUGUGUCCUUCCGCACAAAAACAGUCCAAGUCUUUGUGUAUUCAACCCACACGCACAGUACAACUGUAACUGGGUCGCCCCCUCUUCCUGUCUAUCAGUCGUCCACACUUUCAACAACCACAUCACUUUUACUUCCGAGCUUUAACAGCGUUAUUUCUUCGUAUUCAACCUACAGUGUAGAGGCAGUCACAUCCAUAAGACCUAGUGUUACCGUUUAUAAAUCUUCAUCGGUAGACCGACAUCAGGUGACUUCGCUAGAGGAUGUCACACUCCGUCACGCUUCUGUCGGUUUGGUUGGUCAGGCAAUCGUCUUCUCUGUAGAACAUUUUACAAAUCCUCAUCUUUUACACUUUAUGUGGAACUGGGGUGAUCGAUCAAGCUCAGAAAAAGCUGGAUCUACUUUAUCGCACACCUUUCAUCGUCCGGGACAAUUCUUCAUCACAGUGAAUAUUACCUCUGCGGUUGAUAAUGUGGUGUUAGCUGGUCACGUGAGCAUCCAGCAUCGCCUUAGUGAUUUGCGUAUCAGACACUUAGCUGUGAUGUCAUCCAACCUCUUGCUUUUGGAAUUUGAAAUUCUGCAAGGAGACAACGUCACAUACUCGCUUGAAUAUGGCGAUGAUAGCGAGAAGCAAGUGGGAUUUUUACGAACGUUACCCAAUUUUGUGACAGUAACUCACCAGUACAAUGAGCGUGGCAUCUAUCGUUUGUCCAUUACAGCCAACAGUGCUGUCGGCCCUAGUAUUUCAGUGCAGCAGUCGGUUUACAUCAGUGAACUACCGUGUAUCAUACAUGAACUACGCAUGCUUGGUGCUGGAGAUAACAGCAGUCACUGUCCUGAGAUUGAACAAGAGUACGCGUAUUCACUUUACUCUUCUCUGAAAAUAAACUGCUCGAAAUACGAAGAACUAGAAUAUACGUGGAAGAUAGACAAUAUAUUGAACGAUACCGUCACCAGGGUUGUCCCGUUAUCGAAGGAAGUUCUGUCUUCGAGCGCACUCUUUCUCGAAUCGCAAUCACUCAGGAAUGGUCUUUACAAAUUUAUCCUGUCAGUAACUGCAAAGCCUCAUGGGAUAUCGAAAUCUGUAAUUGGAUUUCUACGAGUGCGCAUGCCGAAACUGCUGGCUGUCAUAGACUGUGGGAGCAAAAGAGUUAUGCCUUGGAAUCAAGACAUAAUUUUGAAUGCUUCGUCGUCACGUGACCCAAAUGAGUUGUGCGACAGCCAAGGCAGAAGUGCUUUGUCAUUUGAGUGGUUUUGUGACACCAAUCGUAAUGUCUCUUGUUUUAGUGGAUCAAUUGAUAACAGAGGGCCCGCUUUGGUGUUUCCACCGAAGUACCUUGAUCUCAAUAGAAAAUAUAGGUUUGUUGUUGUAGUAACCAAAGGAUCCAGAAAGGCUGAGGCAACACAAAGCAUAGAGGUUAUGUCGGGCAAUUUCCUUCCACUUUGCGUCAGAUGCAAGGAAAAUUGCGCACACAAGUUAGCGCCCUCCAAAGAAUUGGUCCUUGAUGGUGUUGGUUGUCAAGACGAUACGAACACAACCUGCAUUUGGGAACUUUACGGACCUCCCCCAGCAACUGGGCGGAUUUCAAAACGCUCUGUAGGUGAACAGUUAAUCAGCAUUUCUUACGCAAAACAGUUCCAGCUGGAUCCGAGAAACUUGAUUCCGAACAGGAUCUACACAAUACUCUUCAACAACGACAACAGCGGCUUCUCGGCGCAGUAUUCGGUAAUAACCGACAUGUUUCCGACUAAUGGAUCUUGUUUCGUGUCGCCUUCGGAAGGCCAAGUAAUCGAGACACAGUUUAUCAUCAGUUGCGCGGGUUGGAGGGACGAAGACAGCCCUCUUCGGUACGAGUUUUUCCUCGGAAAUCCCGAGCAAGGACCGAUGCUGCUGUACUACGGGUGGAUGCCGUAUUCCAACGGAUUGUUCCUACCCCCAGGAUCUAAGGAUAAUAAUCACAACGUGGAUCUGUUCGUGAAAAUUUCAGACGUUCUGGGAUCUUACAGAAUCGUUCCCCUUCAAGUGAAGGUGACAGGUUUUGGUGCCGAGGCUGAUUCUGUUAGCUCAAUUCUGAAAGGAAUUGUCUGCGGACCUGACUCUAUGCUGGAGAAACUUCUCAAGGUCGGAGAAUUCCAACAAGCGACACAGCUGAUGACGACCGUCGUCACGGUUUUAAACGAGGUUUCUUCUCAAGAGCUAGCCUCUGAUUCUGCCGAAAUAAAUGACCGUGUGGAGGUCCGAAGUACAGUGAUCGCUAGACUUUCUCAGACGUGCUGUAGUAGUCCCCAGAGUAUCAGACAAGCUUUAGAUGGAAUCCUUCAAGCCAUUGGAGUAACCGCUGAACUAUCACCUGAAGCUCUGGAGGAUAGUGCAAUUGUUCUCUCAAACAUGGCAAAAGCAUUGGUUAUUAAAUUCAAGAGCUUCCAAGCAGCAAACGUGACCCGGGAAAUUAUUCGAGGCUUGAGCAUCAUCUUGGAAGCGUCUGUGUCUACAAGCAAUGAAGUAAAACGCCAACAGAAUUCUGGUGAAAUCAAAGACUGGAUUGAUGAUAGCAAUGAGGCAAGAAACAAAGACCACCAAGAAAAGUGUGAACAAGCCACUAACAAGUCCCUAGAGGGUGUCAAUUAUGCUGCGCAAAAACUAUUGGACUAUCAACGCAAGGGAGAUCCUCCGAGUCACGUGUCCUCAAGCUUGAUGAAAUUGACCCUUACUCGCCAGUCUCCUGGCGACAUAAAUGACGCGGCGCUGAACGGAGGAGAGGUCACUUUUCAAAUUCCGCACGAAGUAAAGAAAGACAGACUUAGUUCUUUCAAUGCAGUCAAUACAAAGGUGAUAACCAUGUCCCAGACCCCGUUUAUUUCAAACGACGCCACUCCUAUUGAUACACCAGUGUCAACACUUGAGCUUUUGGAGACUUCUGGAAAGGAAAUCCAAAUCCGGGAUCUAACAGAGCCUGUGUCCAUAUUCCUGUCGCUAAACCAAUCACAGAUUAAGGAUCGUAACAAUAUGAAUGGUAUCAUUGAUCCUGAAGAGAACAUCACGUUCUUCAAGAUCGAUUCCGAUAAUAAAAGCGCACUUUACUUUACAAUAAACUGUUCUGGGGUCACGAGCGGCUACAAACUAAUUAUUACUGGAAGGAGAAACUCGAAGCCUAGCACCAACACCUUUGACUUCCAAUGGAUUAUCGCCUCGUGUAACACCACUUUAAAACGACUCAUAUCGAGAAAGUAUUUAAAUACUUCGGAGAAGCUCUACCUCGGUGUGAAAUUGAAGAAAGAAAAUGAAACAAAUAUCACAGCUGUGACAACUAAGAUACGAUAUGGCGUAUCUGUAAUGGCCAUCGGCUGUUAUUACUGGAGCGAGAAAAUGCAGGCGUGGACCACAGAUGGUUGUGAGGUUGGUUCAAUGACCACAUCAGAGCACGUUGAAUGUCGUAGUAAUCACUUAACGUGGUUUGGAAGCCGUGUUUUCGUUCCUCCCAAUAAACUUGACCUGGAUAUCAUAGCCAGCAGAAUAUCAGACCCCUCAAACUAUACCCCAGUCCUUUCUGUGCUCUGUGUCACGUUUGGUUUGUACUUCUUGGUUGUCAUCUGGGCUCGUCGCCAGGAUCGUAAAGAUAAAAAUAAGACAGGCUUAACUUUGAGCCCGAGCAACAGACCAGGAGACACACACGCCUACGAGGUUGUCAUUUGUACUGGCAUGCGCAGACACGCUGGAACAACUGCUAACGUUGCCAUGACUUUAACAGGAGAAAAAGGCGAAAGUCAUGCAUUUCUGCUUAAGAGCAGUCACCGAGUGACGUUGGCUCGAGGUUGCAUCGACUCGUUUCUUCUAACGACCCCAGAGACCCUCGGCGAGCUUUCGUAUAUCCGGAUGUGGCACGAUAACUUCGGUAAGGAUCCGGCUUGGUUCGUAAAGCAGAUAUCCAUACGUGAGGUUGACACUGAUGGAAUCUGGCACUUCGUAUGUGAACGUUGGCUUGCAGUAGACGAAGGUGAUGGUAUGAUUGAUAGAAUAUUUCCAGUAACAAGUAACAAGGAGUUGAAGGAGUUUCGACGUUUGUUUCUGACUAAAGCUUACAAUGACCUUACUGACUCGCACCUGUGGUUUUCGGUUGUGUGGCGGCCCGUCCAGUCCCCUUUCACACGGGUUCAGCGCGUGUCUUGCUGUCUGUCCGUUCUAUUGUGUACCAUGAUGGCCAACGCCUUGUGGUACGAGAGUGAAAGUGGCCGUUACAAUGCUGUCCAGUUCGGUCCUUUUGAAUUUUCAUGGGAGCAAGUUUCCAUUGGAAUAUGCAGCAGUCUUAUUGUGUUUCCAAUCAAUUUACUUUUGGUGCAGAUUUUCAGACACAGCCGCCCGAAGCCUACACAAAAUCAUUGCUGCUUAAGGCCAAAACCCAGACCACGAUUCUCGUCUAUUCAAACGGAAAUCACUACAGUGAAAUUUGGAUCUGGGGAAGGCUCUGCGCUUUGUAUCCAUUCCGCUAGUCAAUACCAAAGUGAAAGAAAAUGCACUUCUCAGGGAUCACCAAAAUACGAAGAUAAAGGAUUUAGCCUGGCAUCUGCUCUACGUUCUGCUCAUUUUCCUGCUCUUUCAAUAUCUUUAGCAACAGAGACUCCUCCUGAUUCAACCUCUGAUUUAAGAUCUCUGCUAACAAGAUACUCUCCAUCUCGGCAGUCACCCACAAACGACCCUGAGAAGUCGUCGAAUGCACCGAUUGCAGAACACCCUUCCCAUAAGAAAGGACUGCCUUGGUGGUUUGUCUAUAUUGGAUGGUUUUUGGUUACAUUAACCUCUCUAACUGCUGCAUCGGUAACAUUGUUGUACGGGAUCCAGUUUGGUCUCAAGAAAUCCACACAAUGGCUUCUAUCCAUGUUCUUUUCGCUCACACAAGAUAUUUUUGUGAGCCAGCCGCUCAAAGUUGUCUCUUUCGCUUUAUUUUUCGCGUAUAUCUUUAAAAAGCCCAGCAAAGUCGCAUUUUCGCCAAAAUCACAACUCAAAUUUGAUGAAGAACUGUUGCAGAGGCAGCUUCAGGGUUUGGAAGAGGACUUCGAGGAACGCACCGAGGCCCCUCCUAUCAAGGUGCCGACAGAAGACAGUAUCAGGCGUGCCCGAGACAGGGCACAAAAAGAACGCAUGAUGCACGCUAUAUUGCUUGAUAUAGGGACUUUUCUCGUAUUCACAUUACUUGUUCUUCUCAUUGCCUAUGGCUUCAGAGAUCAAAGCGCUUUUCGUCAGAAUGACGCUGUCGCCAAAGUUCUACUACAACAAAAAUUUAGUGAGGAACCAGGGGGGUUUAAGCCGCAGAGAUUCGCUCAGAUCAUUCGACAGAGAGAUAUGUGGGAUUGGGCAGAGCUCGCAAUGCUUCCGACACUGUACAACUUGCCAUCGUACUUCUACACCGGAAAAGCUCCGACGUUUAUGGAAGGAGAAAGCGGAUUUGUGGUGGGUGUGGCUAGGUUGCGACAGCACAGGGCAAAGAAAGAUUCUUGUCGUGUGGUCCCCCAAGUACAAAAUUUCUUCUCAAGGUGCUCCUCACAGUAUGGAAUGACUACAGAGGAAGAACAAGCUUACACUGCUGGCUGGGGGUCACCCUCAAACAACUCUAAGACUUCGCUACCAGGUCCCUGGAGAUACAGCUCUGCCAGCGACUUAGAUGGCUACCCUUACACGGGUGGUGUAAAAACAUACUCGGGAGGGGGAUAUGUGUUGGAACUGUCUCACAUCUAUUACAAAGCCUUGCGACAGAUCAAGGAUUCCAGGGCUGCGCUCUGGUUGGACCGCCAUACACGAAGCAUAUUCAUCGAGUUUACACUCUACAACCCAAAUAGCAACUUGUUCUGUGCGGUAACGUUUCUGAUGGAGGUAUUUCCAACAGGAGGAGUUUUCCCACAUUCAGAGGUCCUUGCCUACCGCCUCUACCGUUACGUAGGUGAUUUUCAGUUGUUUAUUCUCGCCUGUGAAGUCUUUUUCUUGAUAUUUGUAAUUUACUUCACAUACCGAGAGGCUAAAAAGAUUUACAAGACAAAGGGAAGGUACUUCACAGAGGUGUGGAAUUUGAUGGACCUUGCUGUAAUGAUUCUCUGCUGGAUCGCUCUGUCGUUUUAUUUCAUCUGUCUGGGAUUGAGGAAGUGGACUUUGCAUCUUUAUCGCCAAAAUCUCAUCAAGUUCAUUAGUUUCCAGUACCUUUCAGCUUGGCAGCUUAUGUUCGAAAACGUGGUUGGUGUAACUGUGUUUGUCAUUUGUCUCAAAUUUAUCAAACUGUUGAAAUUCAACCGGAGAAUAUUUCUUCUUUCCUGUACAUUGCGACAUGCAAGCAGAGAACUCUUGCAAUACUUUAUCGUGUUGAUCAUUGUCUUUCUGGCAUUUUCGCAGCUUUAUCAUUUUCUUUUUGCAAGCAACUACGACUCUUUCAGCACGCUGAUUGGCUCCAUGCAGAAACUUCUCAGCGUCCUCUUGGGACAAUUUGACUUUGAAGAAAUGAUGGGAUUGCACAAGAUUCUUUGCGCGCUGAUUUUCUUUCUCUACACCAUCUUGACCAAUUUCUUGUUUCUAAACCUUCUCAUUGCCAUCAUAAUUGAAUCUUUCGAAGUAGUAAAACGGCAAAAUGACCAAAUGCAGAACGAAUUUGAGAUGCUGGAAUUUAUCAUGAUGCACUUCAGAGACCUCCUAGGCAUACGGGCACUGAACAGAGCCACUAAGGAAUCGCAGUUCGCGUUUUCUAACAAGGCCAUGAACAGACCACUGUAUGUGAGUAGAAAGAAACGUACAGAAAGGAAAGAGAGUGCUAAGCGGCUCGAGAAAGCCUUAGACAGACUGGCAUGUUACGUGAAUGUGAUCAACGAUAUCGAGAAUGAAGAUGACUUGCUUUGCUGUUACAUAUCCCGGAGAAUUCGUCAUAACUCUUUAAAAAAGGCAAAAACUGCUGAUUCUCGCUUAUGACAAUAUGCUUUUCUCUAUAAACUUGAGUUACCCCCAAUAAUUAUUAUUUCAACGGGCUGAAGAGCAAUGGAAACUCAAAACUGCCUGUUUGUGUAUGAAAACACCUACAUUUAGCGAUCUACAUCGGGCACAAUCAACUAGAAAUCUUGAUCUUGGAGUAAGAGGGUUGAGCUUAAGGUCUGGUUUGAAAUAAAAGGAACACGAUCUGGGAACUGAAUCAAACAAAACAAC